GCCGUGCCGUUCCCCGGCGCGCUCACCCCGUUCUCGGGAUGGGAUUGUAGCGGGGGCGCGGACUCGGCGGGGAUCGCGGCGGAGGCGGCGGCGGCCGAGAGGGGCUCCAUGUUUUCCCCCGGCCAGGAGGAGCCCAGCGCCCCCAAUAAGGAGCCGGUGAAAUACGGGGAGCUGGUGGUGCUGGGGUACAAUGGUGCUUUGCCUAAUGGAGACAGAGGCCGCAGGAAAAGCAGAUUUGCUCUCUUCAAGAGGCCUAAGGCCAAUGGCGUCAAGCCCAGCACAGUCCAUGUGAUCUCUACCCCUCAGGCAUCCAAGGCUAUCAGCUGCAAAGGUCAACACAGUAUUUCCUACACAUUGUCAAGGAGUCAGACUGUGGUGGUGGAGUACACACAUGAUAAAGAUAUGGACAUGUUUCAGGUGGGAAGAUCGACAGAAAGCCCUAUCGACUUCGUGGUCACAGACACCAUUUCCGGAGGUCAGAACAACGACGACGCCCAGAUCACACAGAGCACCAUCUCCAGGUUUGCCUGCAGGAUUGUGUGCGACAGAAAUGAACCGUACACAGCUCGGAUAUUCGCAGCUGGGUUUGACUCUUCCAAAAACAUAUUUCUUGGAGAAAAGGCCGCAAAAUGGAAAAAUCCUGAUGGCCACAUGGACGGGCUCACCACCAAUGGCGUCCUGGUGAUGCACCCCCGAGGGGGCUUCACCGAGGAGUCCCAGCCUGGGGUCUGGCGAGAGAUCUCUGUCUGUGGAGAUGUGUACACCUUGCGAGAGACCAGGUCAGCGCAGCAGAGGGGCAAGCUGGUGGAAAGUGAGACCAACGUCCUGCAGGAUGGAUCCCUCAUUGACCUGUGUGGAGCCACUCUUCUCUGGAGAACCGCAGAUGGCCUUUUUCAUACUCCGACUCAGAAACACAUUGAGGCCCUCCGGCAGGAAAUCAACGCCGCCCGCCCACAGUGCCCCGUGGGCCUCAACACGCUGGCCUUCCCCAGCAUCAACAGGAAGGAGGUGGUGGAGGAGAAGCAGCCCUGGGCUUAUCUGAGCUGUGGGCACGUGCACGGCUACCACAACUGGGGCCAUCGGAGCGACACGGAGGCCAACGAGAGGGAGUGUCCCAUGUGCAGGACUGUGGGCCCCUACGUCCCUCUCUGGCUUGGCUGUGAGGCAGGAUUUUAUGUAGAUGCAGGACCCCCGACUCACGCUUUCACCCCCUGCGGACAUGUGUGCUCAGAGAAGUCUGCAAAAUACUGGUCUCAGAUCCCGCUGCCUCACGGAACUCACGCAUUUCACGCCGCCUGCCCUUUCUGCGCCACGCAGCUGGUUGGGGAGCAGAACUGCAUCAAGCUGAUUUUCCAAGGCCCAGUGGACUGAUGCCCUUGCCAGCCACCUGCAACAUUGUUAACAAGUUACUGUGAAGAUUUUGCCACUAACUCUAGAUUCUACCUUUUUUUGUAAUGCUGUUUAUUAAGGGGAGGGUGGAUGGGGGGCUGGGAGAAGAAAGGGGACCUGGUAAGGAGUCAGGAGCUGCAGACCCCAGUGAUGUGUCCCACGCUCCAACAGUGGCAUCCUCAGUGAAGUCUGCCUAAUUAAACCCUCAUAUCUGUGUGUACAUUGGAUAUAAACUGCCAUGCUUUUAUUUUUAACCAGAUCUUUUUCCUUGGGCAAGAUUUUAAAUUACAUUUUACAAAUGCAGAAGAAAUUUAUUCAGCAGGUUGAUUCAGUGCACAGCCUUCAGUGCUGUGUCAUGUAGGUAUUGCCGUAAAGAUGUGCAGUGGCUGGGAACACUUGUGAGUGGCUAGAAUCUGACCCAAUACCAAAGGGAGGUAGGCCCUGUCAAAUGUGUUUGGUGGAUAGGAGACCUUAGGUACAAGGGCCUGUUUUGAAAGCUACAGCUUUUUUUAUUUUCUGAUUUAUUUUUCUGACAUUUUGGAAAAAAGAAUAUUCAUAUAUUGGAUUUUUUGCAACUUCAGUGGAAUCUCCUACACACUUCAUUCAUCCGUAUACUGUGUGUUUCAAACAAAAUCUUUCCAUAAUGUUUUAGGCAGCCCUGUUAUUUCUUCUUAAUGUGGGUUGUUCUUUAUCCUCGUCUUACACGGUGAGAAAUACUUGAUUGAUUAAAAUAUAGAAGCUCUUAAAGAUUCAGGAACUGCCACAGCAGUAGGCAUGUCCUAGGUACUGUAAAACCAGCUUUAUCUGCAUUAUUAUUUCUGAAUUAUUUAAGACUUAAAGUGAUUUAUCUUUCAAAAAAACCACUUGUUGGGAUUUUAUGAGGGCUCUCUUUCUCUCUCUCUCUUUUCAUAGGGAAACCAAAAUUCUAAAGACUAAAAAAAAAAACAGCAAAUCACAGUAAGGCCAUCAUUUUUUGUUCACUCACUUUCCACCAUCUGUCACUUUCCCUUGCCACUUAAGGAGCCUGCAAGUUUGAAAAUGUUUGCAAAUCAAACUAAAUUUAAAUGUGAUCAUUAGGUAUACACAAUACCAAGUGGUACGUCUGCAGAGAUAAUUUGAAAUUCCUGAUUUUGAGACAGCAAAUGAGUGUUUACUGAGGACUAAUUAAAUCAGAAUCUCAUAUGAGCUCUGCCAUUGCUUUGUGUUAGCUUCAUUUAGUGUUGACUAGUAACUCCUGGAUGCUCAUUCUCUCCGUUUGGUACCAGUAGUAUCCCUGCUUUGAGAGUGUAGAUCAGCUGGCUGGCUAAGCGGCCACCCAUUCCUCCAGUGAAGAACAGAGCUCCAGCUAGACUCACGUGUUCUUCAGCAGACCAUCGCAGACUUGAGCUCCCUGUUUUCAGCUUUGUACAUAUAUGUAAUUUAUAUGAUGCUAAUGUGCUUUGUCCACACUUGAAUUGAUUUCUUCUAUUCUUCCUUAUUUUCAGUAAUUCUAACCUAUUUGAAUACUUUCUCCGUAAAGUGCUUAAGAUACAUGACUCUUAAUUCUGCUGCUUAAUUUGUGUUAAUAUCAUAAAAGUGUAGCCUAUCAGUUUUAAAGUAACUUUAUCUUCCAAAGGAGACCAUUGAAUGGGAUGAGGUGUUUUGUUCUUUGGGGUUUUGGUAACUUUUAAAAUGAAGUGAAAAAUCUUCUGAGUACUGAAUGGUUUCCUCUAUUAUGUAAAGAAUAUUACACUCACACAAAGUGAUAUGGGGGAAAAAGGAUCACCUAGAAUAAAUGUAUGUAAUGUUAUCUAAUGUAGCCAGAGCCUCCAGAACUUAGCUUUCACAAACAAGCAUGUCUUUUCAGCCUGUGUUUCUUUGGGUUCCAAAGAAUGACAAAGGCAGCACUGGUUCCAUCCUCUUGUUAUUCAAAGAGAGAUGGUAUGAGGAUUCUGGAGAUCCUAGCAUUAUGUUUUAAGGUAAAUGAUUUUAUACACAGAAAGGUUUGAUUUCACCUACCAAAAGAAGCUUGCUUUCUCUGAGGAUUUAUGCUCUGAUGUCAGGAUUUUCCAUGCCACAUAGUACAUAAAAGUCUAAGUUCUGUCUGUGACAUAAUAAGGUUAGCUUCUAACCUGCAGCCUCUGGCUUGUAGUAAAUUCAGAUAGCUGCAGUGAAAGUUGAAACUUGGAUAAUAAAUUGCAAGCUCUUGGAAGGGACCACAGUGCCACCCUCUAUCUUUUCCUUUGAUUUCCAGGUAAAAUUCCCCUCCCAUCCUCAGCGGAGAUGCAGUGUGUUGGCACAAUGAACCAUGCUGACUUGGGCUACUCUUAAUAAGGUCUCCUUAUAAAAGUGAGAAUUUCUUUCAGGUUUGAAAGCAGUUUAUUUUGUGAGAGUAAAGGACUCUAGCUCACCCAAGUGGAGUGCUACCAUUGAGAAAGGGAAGCUUUUCCAAGGUCACUUCUGUUCUUACAUUUGGCUUGCCAUGUCAUUAAAGAGUGAAUCACACAUCCCCUCCCCCAGUGGACAUAAGGGAAUCACCUACCAAGUUGUCCUGGUCUCAGCCUGACCAAUUGCCUUUCUCAAAUAGGUUUCCAGAAGCAAAGCCCUUGUGAUGUACUUCCAUAGAUGAUAAUUUUUUUUUCAGUUGUUUAUGUCAGUUUACUACAAAACAAAAGAUUCAGAGUGAAUGGGGUACAGCUCUGAGUAUUUUUCUAGUAUGGAAUUUUUUAUUAAUAAUCGGUGCUUCCGGGUCAUGCAUGCUGUGACUCAACAUGUCCCUUUAUUUGGUUAGCUUUUUGCAAAAAAAAAAAAAAGGGCUACAGUUCACACUGAAGAGUAAGUAUUAAGUUUUCUUGGUCCCCCUCCCACUUCUGUGGCCCAAAAGAAUUAAAAAUCUUUUAAUAUAAAUAGAGAGCAUAUUUAUCAUUCCUUGAUAGUUAAUUAUAGAGUUUGGUACCUUUGUGCCUCAGGGAAGCCACGUGAUAUAACUGGUUAUAGACUUUCAGGGUUAGGGUGUAGAGAAAGGAGAAAGCCAUUGGAAAAAUGAUGGGCUCCACUAAGGAGACUGAUGAAUCUGGAUGCAGAAGUAUGCCAGGACUGGCAUACAUGUGACUGUAGUAGAGUUUAUUUUCCAGGACCAGUAGGGAAAUCAUUUUAAGUUAUUACAUAUACUGUGUUAGGAACAGUUGAAAACUAACUCUUCUUCAUAAAGCGUCAAUGCCUUUUAUUUUUGCUUACGUAGGAAAAGCCCAGCUCUGUGGUUUAGUAGCUCCGUGUUGUUGUUUGGGCACUUGUGAAUGUGAAAGGGACACAUUUCCCACUGAAUAUAAGUGCACUACAGGCUGACACAUUGUUCCCUGCAGUUCUGUGAUGUUGCUCAACUUCUUUUCUGAAGCCGUUCUGUUCUUUGGAUGUGCACAAGAGAGAGAUCAAGCCACUGUCAGGGCCAGGUGAAAAUGAGCAGCCUUUAUGCAUGCUUGCUUCCUAACAAAAGUGGGCUUUCCCCUGGACAGGCCAUGGGACCUUCACUUCAAGCCAGAUGCAGCUCUGUUCCCUUGGUUAUCCACCUCAUGUCCCCAGAGUUUAUCAGUUGGGGGCGCAGGUUCUGCCUUUGCUCCUGCAGGGGUGGGCACAGUGUAGAGCUCUGUGUCAUUGUCAUUGCUGUAUGACCCAAGGCCAAUGAGAUAACGUCCCAUCUUUUUUAAAGACUAAGCAUUAAUCACAGUAGUGAAACAAAAGGAGACUUAGUAAUUUCUUUUUAGUAAUACUUAACUCCUCUCAAAUAAGUUUUUGCCUUCAUGAAGAAUCCCUAGUGGACAAUAGGGAAAAGCAAAUAUUUUUCCAAUUCGACUUAACUGUUUCUAAGCAUGUUUAUUAAAAAAAAAAAAAGAAAAAAGAAAGAAAACUUGAUGAAAGGGAAGUUGUUUCUUCUUGUGAGUGGAGGUGACAGAUUGCUUCUCUGUGUUAACUAGUCUAGAAAUUAAGGGGCUGGUCAUACUUACCAUGUAUAGUGUUAUGAACAGUUAAAUUUUAUGGAUAUAUUUGUAAAAUUGUUCUUUUUAUAUUUCAUGUCAAAUUGAAAAGUUUAUUUCUUCACUAUUGUACCUGUGGAAAUACAAGCCAUUUUACAGGAAAAUUCUUCAAAAGCUAUUAAACGAAUCUCACUAUG